AUGUCAUUCCCUCCAACGUCCGAAGCCGCCAUCUUGGCCACCGGCUUCGUGCACUCGCUCGGUAUGCAUCGCCGGAGACUUUCGGCACCGACCGUCAUCACCAACAACCACCGUCUUCUUGCUAGACUAGCGGAACAUCGGCAGAACGAAAUGCCUCAACUACGGGAACCAGAGAUUCCCAAGCUAGAAGUCAAAAACUGCAAACCGCAAAGACAGAGAACAGACAGAGAACAGACAGAGAACAGAUAGAGAACAGACAGAGAACAGACAGAGAACAGACAGAGAACAGACAGAGAACAGACAAAGAACAGACAGAGAACAGACAGAGAACAGACAGAGAACAGACAGAGAACAGACAGAGAACAGACAGAGAACAGACAGAGAACAGACAGAGAACAGACAGAGAACAGACAGAGAACAGACAGAGAACAGAUAGAGAACAGACAGAAAACUGACAAGAAAACAGACAGAGAACAAACAGAACAGACAAUAUAGGCAGAGAACAGACAGAUAACAGACAGAGAACAGACAGAGAACAGACAGAGGACAGACAGAGAACAGACAGAGAACAGACAGAGAACAGACAGAGAACAGAUAGAAAACAGACAGAAAACAGACAGAAAACAGACAGAAAACAGACAGAAAACAGACAGAAAACAGACAGAGAACAGACAGAGAACAGAUAGAGAACAAACAAAGAAUAAACACGGAACAGACAAAGAACAGACAAAACAGAUAGACAGACAGACAGAAUAG